AUGGCAUUUUCCUCUUAUGAAGGAAAACAACUUAUAAACGUCAAACUUGGAGCCGACCACCCAAAUAUCUACACUGGUAGCUUUACCCAGCUAGAUCCUCAAGGUGUCAGCUUAAUCACCAAGGUCCUUGAAUGCGACAACCUCACUUGUGGCCCAUAUAUAGAAGCUACAGAGUUAAGUGAUCAAUUCAAUGCCAAGAGUCAGAUAGAUUCCACAACUUUCAGACAGCUUAUAAAACAUAUAAAGAGUACGGAGAAAAAGUAA